AUGGAAGAUACCGAUUCAGUUGCUACACUCUUGGAGUCCACAAACUCCAAAAUACAACAACUUCAGAAAGCAUUUGCAGAGCUAGAAAGCCACCGAGCUGUAACCCUAAACCUGAAAUGGAAACAAAUUGAAGAACAUUUCCAUGGGCUUGAGAAGUCCUUGAAGAGGCGCUUCACUGAGCUGGAAGACCAAGAAAAGGAAUUCGAAAUGAAAACAGUUAAAGCUCAACAAGUUCUGGAAAAGCGUCGUGCUGCUGUUAUGGCUAAAGAAGAAGCUUCAUUGGGGAGGCUUCAAGAGAAGAGAGAUGUCGCAGUCAAUGCCAUUGUUAAUGUCUUAGGGAAACACAAAAAUGGACACGUGGAAUCUUCAACUGUUAACAACGAAGACCAAGGUGGUGCUGAUCAGAAUCCACCUGAAAGUGAAGAAGAUGAUAUGAAAAGGUUAUUUGAAAAUGGUGAUGUGAAGCUGCUAUCGAAUCCCCAACUUGCUAAGUUAUGCGAAGAGAUGGAUGCAGGAGGCCUCCACAAAUUCAUAUCAGAUAAUCGCAAGAAUCUUGCUUCCAUAAAGGAGGAGAUUCCAAUUGCAUUGAAGGCUGCAGGUGACCCUGGUGGUUUAGUUUUGGAUUCACUUUACGGGUUCUACAUUUCAGAGGGGUCAAACUCAAACCUAGAUGGGAAAAAAGAUGCAAAUCUUUUAGGUUUGAGGCGAACAUGCAUCAUGUUGAUGGAAUGUCUUAGCAUUCUGCUUGUGAAUCUCGAUGCUAACACAGUUUCGAAGGUGAUCUCUGAAGAUGUGAAGAACAGAGCAAAGAUUAUCGCACAAGAAUGGAAACCCAAAUUAGAUGAUCUUGAUCUGGAUGCAAGUAAUGGGAAUUCAUUGGAGGCUCAUGCUUUCUUACAACUUGUUGCUACUUUCGGUAUUGAUUCUGAUUUUGUUAACGAAGAUUUAUCCAAGUUAAUACCAAUGGUCUCUCGCCGCCACCAGACUGCUGAUCUUUGUCGCUUCCUUGGCUUGUCUGACAAGAUGCCAGGUGUAAUUGAUGUGUUAGUGAGUAGCGGAAGGCAUAUCGAUGCUGUUAACCUAGCAUUUGCAUUUGAACUCACCCAUCAGUUUUCUCCUGUUUCUUUACUCAAAUCCUACUUGACAGAGGCAAUCAAAACUCCUUCCACUGUCAAAUCAGGAAAUUCUUCUCCCACCCCUCAGAAUGAUGUGAGUGAAAGAGAACUAUCUGCCCUAAAGGCAGUUACCAAAUUCAUUGAAGAACACAAGCUUGAAGAGGAGUACCCACUGGACCCACUUCAAAAACGGAUUGCUGAGCUGGAAAAAGCCAAGGCAGACAAGAAACGUGCAACAGAAGUAGUGAAACCUCAAUCCAAGAGACCACGUGCCAAUGGUGUAGCGGCAGCAGCAGUAGCGGGAUAUGGACCACGUAACACCGGCGACAAAAAUUUCUAUGCCGCCAGGUAUGCACCGCCAACGCAGUACAUGUAUGACAGCAGACCACAGUAUGCUUACCCUGGACCACCACCACCGGAAAACCAUGUUCACUCGUUUAUGGUAUCAAGCUCCUUAUCUUCACUAAAAAGCUUAACGAUUACACAGGGGGAGUCGAGCAUUCACAAUUGUCUACACCAUAAAUUGACAUCCCACAACACAACUACACUUCAAAACAAGUCAUCGUGUGAACUACUUCAUGGUAUUCAUCUUGCAUAUGAUCUUAAAGUUUGGGGUUGUGCAUGUUUUGUUCGGUGGAUGUUCAAAACUUGUGUCUCGUUCUCAUUUAUAGUGUUUUGUUACUUACAUAUUAAACAAAAAGACAUUGAUGUUGGGAUUUCGUUUCAAAAUGACUUGUAUUACCUCGGUUUGUAGUUUACAAACCAUUGUUGUAGCUCGUUGUUGGUCUUUAUAUCAAUUGGAUGUCAAUAAUGC